GCGAUGAAGAGGUGCUGCAGCUACAUCUUGUAGCCUGCGAGGUGUGAUGUUGAAAUAGCCACAGACCACGAACGGUGUCGUCGCUCGACCCAUCGUCCCUCUCCUCCUGGUGUCGUACCAAUUCCGCCAGGUGACGCUGGAAAUAUUGUCAAAGCAUCUGGGGAUACCGCUCGAUGAGUCUGGGGAUAGACUGCAAACUAGCCCAUGGUCACGCCUAGCUAUCGUGCGCGACUAUGUCCUCACUGGAUCCACUACCGGUGCGAUUGUGGCAGAGCUCGAGUCCGUUGCUCGCUCCUCCCCGACACUUGCUGUGUAUAUCUUUGCCAAGACGUCGCUGCGGCAAAUCGAGCGCGUGCCGCGGACUUGCAACGCCAAGGCCUUGACGGUUGGCGACUCACAAUUUGCGCAUGCCCAGACGCUAUGGUACGACGCGGUGAAGUUUGCGAACGAUACUUGUCACAAGGCAGCCCUCACCCCGAUCACGGCGCGGCCGAUGCUUGUCCGAUAUGCGUGGAAUACUCUCGCAAAGGUCGACGUUGCUCAGCGGUACGGGACGCUCCUGCCUAUACUGGUGCGCGGCGUGCAGGUCUUACUUAUCGCCCAGGCGUGCGACGUAAGGCGUUCCGAAGGCGAGCCCGCACGACUUCCAGGCUAUCUUCCACGUUUUCUACAAACGUUGCAGCACGCCGAUCGCUCAACGCACCUGGAGCGCAAGCAUGGUGCACACGCUGAAGUCGUGAUGCCGAGCAUCCAGGAUAUGUCGAGUCUUUGCAUCCUGCUACAGCGUGUCCUCGAGAUCGACGUACCAGAAUCCGAAGUCUACGACGAGUGCAAGACAAUCGCGCGCACGAUGAAGGACGAGUGCGAGGCGCUGCUCAGCCAGAUACAAGCGGCGCCGUCUGGAGUGGUCUCUUCAUGACCCUGGACCAUGAUGGAUGUUCGCUUUCCCUGAAUAAUCUCGUAUAUUUACCCACCGCUUCUACUUCAUAUUGAUCAACUCUCGCGUUUCUUGGAUCGACUGCAUGGCGCUCGUUUUUUUUGCUUUGUAUCUCUGUUUUGUAUACUUCUUCCCGCAUCUCUCGUAUCGCAGGUCAACAUCGCGAGC